AACUCAAAAAACCUAGUGACAACUGUUGGGGGCUAAAUUAUUCUCCUCCUUACCCUAAAAUCUUCCAUUAGCAAACUCAAUUUUCUAAGGAACACAAGUUCCUGUUUCUAAAUUCAGUUAAAGAUUACAUCUCAUUCCUUUUCAAUUUAAACAAUAAUAACAACAAUACCAGCUUGAUGCCAUUCUGUCUCGUUUCUUACAUAAUUAAUUGUUGAUGGGAUCCCAGUUACUUCCCAUUUUGUAAUGGUGAAGGAAAUUGUUGAUUUCUGCCAAUAAGAAUCUGGUAGAAAUCAGCAAUUUUCCUCUUUCUUUCUUUCUGUCUUUCGAUACCUCUUCAACGCUCAAGGUCAUUGUUCCAACUUUUUCUUUUUGUUUUCAAUCUCAUUUGCAGAUAGAAUGGAACAAUUCAGGCAAAUUGGAGAGGUAUUGGGAAGUUUGAAGGCAGUGAUGGUAUUUCGUGACAAUAUCGAAAUCAAUCAACGGCAAUGCUGCUUGUUGCUUGAUAUGUUCAACUCUGCAUAUGAUUCAAUUGCAGAAGAGAUGAAGCAGAAUCUGAAAUUUGAGGAGAAACACACCAAAUGGAGACUACUAGAACAACCAUUGCGUGAGAUUUAUAGAAUAUUCAAAGAAGGAGAAGGCUACAUCAAGCAAUGCUUGGAAACCAAGGACUGGUGUGCAAAAGCCAUUGUUCUUUCUCAGAAUACAGAUUGUGUCCAGUUUUAUAUCCACAAUUUACUUACCUACAUUACAAUCGUUAUCGAAGCAAUCGAAACCGUCGGAGAAUUUUCAGGGUGGGAUCAGGAUGAGGUACAGAAGAAGAGGCUUCUGUAUUCCAACAAAUAUCAGAAGCAAUGGAGAGAUCCACAGCUAUUUCAAUGGAGAUUUGGCAAGCAGCACCUCAUUACUCAGGAAUUGUGUGAACGUUUUGCCUCGGUUUGGAAAGAGGAUAGGUGGAUUCUCCUUAACAAAAUCAGGGAAAAAAAGAUCUCAUGCUCAUCAAAGUAUGAGCGACAACUAGCAGAACUACUUUUAAAAAAUCUAGACGGAUCAGAACAUCAGAACAAGAAACUCUUACCUAGUUCAAUCCUGGUUGGGUCGAAAGAUUACCAGGUAAGAAGACGCCUUGGCAGUGGGAGCCAAUACAAGGAGAUUCUGUGGUUGGGUGAAAGCCUUGCAAUUAGACAUUUCUUUGGAGAAAUUGAACAUCUUGUUCCUGAAAUUUCUUCACUGUUGUCUCUUUCCCACACAAAUAUAUCUCAUUUCUUAUGCGGAUUCGCCGACGAGGAAAAGAACGAGUGUUUUUUGGUUAUGGAACUAAUGCAUAGAGAUCUCAGCAGCUACAUCAGAGAGAUUUGCGGUCCGAGAAAGAGAAUUCCUUUUUCUCUUCCUGUUGCAUUGGAUCUUAUGCUUCAAAUUGCCAGAGGAAUGGAGUAUCUUCACUCUAAGAAAAUUUAUCAUGGGAAGUUAAAACCUUCUAACAUUCUUGUUAAACCAAGAAAUGUAAGCUCAGAAGGGUACCUGCAUGCCAAGGUUUCAGGGUUUGGACUCUCAUCAGUUCAGAAAUUCUCACCUAAAAACUCUUCAAAUCAGAAUGAAACUCUCCCAUUCAUCUGGUAUGCGCCAGAAGUAUUGGAAGCCCAAGAACAGGCAGGAAGUACACGAAAUUCAAAAUAUACAGAAAAAUCAGAUGUAUACAGCUUUGGAAUGGUGUGCUUUGAACUUGUGACUGGAAAAGUUCCAUUUGAGGACAGUCAUCUUCAAGGAGACAAAAUGAGCAGAAACAUUCGAGCAGGAGAAAGGCCAUUGUUCCCAUUAAAUUCACCAAAAUUUGUGACUAACUUGACAAAGAGAUGUUGGCAAGCUGAUCCAAAUCAACGACCGAGUUUCUCAUCCAUCUGCAGAAUCCUUCGCUAUGCGAAACGUUUCCUUGCUAUGAACCCUGAUUAUAAUAGAGAACCAGACCCACUUAUGCCAGCAAUGGACUAUGGUGACAUGGAGUCAAAUCUUGUAAAGGAAUUUCCAUCUUGGAAUGCAACCAAUUCAUCUGCAAUAGCGCAAAUUCCAUUUCAGAUAUUUGUUUAUAAAGUUUAUGAGAAAGAAAAAACAAGAGCAACUCAGAAAGAACCUUCAGAAUCAGGAAGUGAUAAAGCUUCAGUCAGUGGGGAUGAAAACAUCAACUCAAUGGAUGAUCCAUUUCCAUCAUCCACAUUACCAUCACCCACUGAAAGGAAGUUCUUAACAUCACCUGACCACACGAACAGAAAACCACGCCCCUCAAGGAAACCCACAGAUCUGAAAAUAAGUAGACAACCAGGUAAAGUUCUCAUUGAUAUUGGUCAUGCAGGGACAGCAAAAGGAGGUUGUAAACCUCCACAACUGACAUCUCGUGGGCGUGGUUUGAGAAUGAACUCGGAAAGCCAGCUGAUUAUGACUAGCCCAAGAUUAAGGAGGUCAUCUUCUGGUCACGCAUCAGAUUCAGAGCUCUCUGCAUAAUUGUUGCUUUAUCCUUUAUAACCACUUCUCCUGUAGUCCACCAUAGUCUUUGCAUUUCAAGGCUCAAAUAUGUUAAGAAAGUGCAUAAUUGAAGUGAAUCCAAACGUGUAGACCUAUAAUCUAAAGGUUUCGGGAUCAAAUUUACUGGCUUAUUUCUUGGAAUAUUUUAAUUGGACACUUAUUUCAGCCCAAAUCAGAGUUUUAAGUAAUUUAAUUUACCCAUAGAUUUAAUUGGACAAUUUUCCUUUCCUAU